CACGGCAGCUCCGCCCCCUGCGUCUCUGGCCUCGCUGGCCUUGGGGGGAUGGUUCCAUCAUGGCGUCAAUGCAGAAACGACUACAGAAAGAGCUGUUGGCUUUGCAAAAUGACCCACCUCCUGGAAUGACCUUAAAUGAAAAGAGUGUUCAGAAUUCAAUUACACAGUGGAUCGUAGACAUGGAAGGUGCACCAGGUACCUUAUAUGAAGGGGAAAAAUUUCAACUUCUUUUUAAGUUUAGUAGUCGAUAUCCUUUUGACUCUCCUCAGGUCAUGUUUACUGGUGAAAAUAUUCCCAUUCACCCUCAUGUUUAUAGCAAUGGUCAUAUCUGUUUAUCCAUUCUAACAGAAGACUGGUCCCCAGCGCUCUCAGUCCAGUCCGUUUGUCUUAGCAUUAUUAGCAUGCUUUCCAGCUGCAAAGAAAAGAGACGACCACCAGAUAAUUCUUUUUAUGUGCGAACAUGUAACAAGAAUCCAAAGAAAACAAAAUGGUGGUAUCAUGAUGAUACUUGUUGAUGCCACUGUUGUCGUCAUCCUCCUAGCAGAAGAUAGUCCUACUGAGAAAAAUGAGCACUUUGAUCAUUCAGUCUUUGAACUUUAACAUUUGACUGGAAGUGACCUAUAGGCAAUGAAGACUACUUCCUUUUACUGCAUUUUUACUCGUGUGCAUUCUGGGCGCAUGUUGAUCGCUGGUUCAGUCCAGGCAACUGACAUGCUUUUAUUAGUCAUACAGUAUUAAUGCAGGUGUCAGGAAAUGUCAAAUAUAAUUCCAUUUUUUUUUAUUUUAUUUUUUUAAGCUUUUGGAACAGUUCCAGGUCCUCAUGUAUUGUGCAAUAACAAUGACUUCCCUGGUGGUUUGGGGACGUUCAUUGCCGGCAAUGGACGUUUGUAACAGGAAACGUUUUCAUUAAUUCCUGCCGCUCCGUCAUUAAUGCAUGAUAGGGCCUAUGAAAUGAAUUUAUCGGUUAUAGUGGGAGUAUAAUAAAUAAAGUGAGGGAUCCAGCAUUGCUUUGAAAGUUUCACCCCAACUGUUUAUAUUUGGAUUCUAUGCACUGUGAUCCUAAUAACAUGCGUCUUUAAAGGACUAUAAUGAACGAUCAUUGCGUAUUUAUUUAAUUGUUUAUAUCUGCUGUCAAAUUGUUUUGACAUGGAAGGCUUUCAAAUAACAUUGGCAGAGAGGUACAAUAUGUUAUCCCUAUGGUGAAAAUAAAUUCAUUUGUUGUAAAUAGUUCCUCAGUCUCUGGAGUCAAGGAAUGGAAAAUAUAGGGUUUAAUCAAGGCUUUACUUGGGAAGUAAGGAAGCUGCCAGUGAUGGUUAAAUUGCUGCAGUCCAUCCUUUGGGCUUGUUAUUUGUAUAUUAAAGAUUUUUUUUCCAAGUAGAUUAUGCUGUUACUUCUUGCUAGCCAUCAGCAUGAGCCCUACUGCCUAAACACUAUUUGAUUUAUUUAUGUUUGGAACAUCCUAAACAUUUUUGUUUGCGAUCUUGUUUCUUUUUGUUAUGUUUUACGUCAAAUUUGAAUGUUAUAAUUACCUUAAUUGAAAAACUUUUGUCACAUUUUUUUCCUUGUAAAUUUUCUUGUCCUUCAAUCCUGUACCCUAAAAUAAGAAAUACACUUUUUGACAGAGGCUUAAUGUUUUAACAAAAUGUGUGGACAUUUUUAUUUUAAGAUUUGGGCAAAAGUACACUAUAAAAUGGUAUGCUUGCUUAUUUGUCUCACACAAUCAUAGUUUUUCCUGGAGGGAUUUUUGUUUUGUUUUCUUGUUAGUGAAAAGACUUUGCUCACAGCUAGGUAAGGUUUUUCUAUAUUUUAAAAAAAAUUGUUGAAAAGUCCCAUUCUCAGUACAUGUAAGUUAGUGAUACUGCAACUAGGUUCUCUUUUUAAAAAGCAAUUGAUGUAUUUUAUAAAUUACCUUUUCACAUAUGCAAAAAUCUGUUUUUACUACAGUGUUAUUUUUACUAAUGCCUUAUUGUUGCACUCUUUGAAGUAUCCUGCAGUGAAUAUAUUAAUCAGUAUGGGCUUAAACAUAAAAGCCAAUUGGCUGAAAGAUUUGAAAUAUGUACCCCAGUAAAACCAUCCAAUAAGCAGUUGAUAAAGAAUCUUGAAAAAAUUGUUUUUAAUCUCUGUGUAGAUGACAUUUUGUAGCUUUGUACAUGUUGUUAAUUAAGGGCAUAUAAUUUUACAUACAAAGUAUGAUUGCUGAACUCAGGGGUGGGUAGACUUCAAAAAUUUAUGUCUGUCAUAGAAAUAACUAGAAAAAGAUAUUAAAAUCAUGGCCAGCCACCAAAUUAUGGAGACUGUUUAUACUGCUAAAUAGCAACUACCACUUUUAAAAUUUUUAAGUAUUUUUGUUCUAUCGUGGCUAGAUAGUCAUAAUUCUUACAGUGAUCAAUUUUAUUAGCUGGCCUAUUCAACCUGGUUAGAAAAAAAAAACUUUGAAUUAUUCUGAGUUUUUAAACUGCUUUUAAUACAAAAAUUACAGCUGUAUAUUAUGUAUUUUCAUAUUUUACAUAACUACCCUAAUCUACUGAUUGACUUGAUCUCUUUUCCAUUGGGGGAGGGAUAUAGGGAAGUCACUCUCCAUCUUGCUGGUCCUCUUACUAAAGUCCUUUUAUGAAGAAAUGACCUUUCACCAAAGGAAUUAAGAUACUAGGUCAAAGAUGAACAAUGCUACACUAUAUUGAUGAAUAGGUCAUGUUGUACCUUAGUCAAGUUUUUUAUAAUAGCAUUUUUACAUACCUCUCUCUAAAUAUAGAUACCACAAAAUGAAAUGGAGGGGGAAAGUAGAAAACCAAAUACUUUUGGUGUGUUAUGGUUCAAAGAGAAAAGCAAAAAGAUGAAAAAAUUUAGGAACACCAACCAUUUAAAUUUCAUGAUCAAGUUAACAUUGCUCCCUUGAAUUUAAGAGUGAUUGGAAACUCUUUUGUUUGCACUUAGAUUUAAUCAUUUUAUAUGUAAGCUACUUAAUUGAAAGUCAUAGGACAUUUAUCUUAGUCAUUCUAUUAAGGGGUAAGUAAGGGCUUUGUAAUAA